AUGUCCUUCAGAGCUCCACAAAAGUCAGCUCCAUCAACAUUUUCCUCGGCUCCAUCCGCUUUUAACUCAAAUUCACGUACAUUCAACGUGUAUGGUCAAGAUGCGGAAGCAUUCGGAUCGGCGAUCGGACAAUCAAUCGGACAAAGGAUUCAACAGGUUUGUUUAAUGUUGAUCCUAAAAGUCGAGAGCCGAAUCAGUCAGUCGAUCUCAUUAUUACCAUGGGCCGCGCUCCUCUUCUCACCCACGCUCAGCAAGCUCAAUUGGAUGUUGCUCUCCAACUGGGAUGUUCGCUUCAUGCCAUCGCUCGUCUGGUCAAGAAAAGCCGCUUUGCCAUUCGCCGGUACAUCAACAAUCCAAUGGAAUACGGUAUUGGGAAACAAGCAAGACACCAGCCCAACCUAUGACGUUCAAUUUACUCCUCCAUCAUCACCAUCUUCUUCCCCAGAUGCCACGUCAUACACCUCCAUGACCCCCUCAACAUCUUCCUAUGGAUCAUCGUCAACUUAUCAAUCCACUUACCCAACAUCUUCUGCCACAUGGCCAUCUACCCAUCCCCCAGAAGAUCUUCCAACAGUUCAGCAAGCCUAUCAGGCACAACAGGCAUCAUAUGGAUCCACUCCAUCAAUUCCACAGAUUCCACAAAGUCUAACAGGUAAUUCAAAUGGAUUCGGCGGUCUACCCGGAUUAUUACCCCCACCUCAGAACUCGGAUUGUCCGUGGUGCUCUCAAAAUGGAGGAUACAGAGGAAAACGGAUACCAAGUGAAGAGAAGGAACAGAAGAAGGAGGAGAAAAUUUGA